AUGACGCCUCUCUUCAUGACGCCUCUCUUCAUGACGCCUCUCUUCAUGACGCCUCAUGACGCCUCUCUUCAUGACGCCUCUCUUCAUGACGCCUCUCUUCAUGACGCCUCUCUUCAUGACGCCUCUCUUCAUGACGCCUCUCUUCAUGACGCCUCUCUUCAUGACGCCUCUCUUCAUGACGCCUCUCUUCAUGACGCCUCUCUUCAUGACGCCUCUCUUCAUGACGCCUCUCUCUUCAUGACGCCUCUCUUCAUGACGCCUCUCUUCAUGACGCCUCUCUUCAUGACGCCUCUCUUCAUGACGCCUCUCUUCAUGACACCACUCUUCAUGACACCACUCUUCAUGACACCUCUCUUCAUGACACCUCUCUUCAUGACACCUCUCUUCAUGACACCUCUCUUCAUGACACCUCUCUUCUUCAUGACACCUCUCUUCAUGACACCUCUCUUCAUGACACCACUCUCAUGA